AUGUUGUCAUGUUGGACACCUCUUUCUCCAACUUCAACUUCAACCUGGCAACAGAGUACCAGCAUUACCUCUAGAUCUUCUCCGGUUAUCCCAACCUUUUACUUGAGAUGGAGGGCGUCAAAGGAGAAAGGCUCCCAAUCUCCUGAAAAACCCAUUCUUUGUGUCAACAACUGUGGCUUUUUUGGCACUGCAGAGACUAUGAACAUGUGCUCCAAGUGCUACAAAGACAUGAUACUCAAACACGGGCUUGAAAAACUCGCAGCAACAUUUACUGAAAAUAUUGUGCACGAUGGCUCUGGCAGUACCCACAAGGAACCAGCAGUUGGUGACACCAUUAAUUUGCAAGCUGGAGAUGUGGAGUCAAAAAUUUCUACCACUUUAGCACCGGGUGACUCAUCAUCCUCAAACCAGGAUUCAGAGGUGAAAGUUAAAGUGGGACCAAAUAGGUGCUGCAGUUGUGGGAAACGUUUUGGUUUAACAGGUUUCAGUUGCAGGUGUGGAAACUUGUACUGUGCAGAUCAUCGCUACCCUGAAAAGCAUGAGUGCUCAUUUGAUUAUCGGGCUGCUAGAAAGGAUGCUAUCAGGAAAGCCAACCCCGUAGUCAAGAGAGAAAAGCUUGACAAGAUCUAGGAGCCAGAUGCAAUGUCC